AUGCUGAGCCUCGGGCCGUGCGCCCUCGACGCCGCGCGGCGGCGGGUCUGCGAUGUGCUGCCUUUAUACUUCAUCCUCGGCCCGCGCCUGGCGCUUCCGGCGGGCGAAGCCGAGUUCGAGGGAACGCUCGUGCAGGCGGCGGCAGUCGCGGACUGCAGCGUGGAGGAGGCGCGGCGGCCGCUGAGGGAAGUCGUGGGCCAGGACGGCAUCGUGGGCCGCACGCGCAUCAACGCGGUGAUGUCGUGCGUGCGAGCCAUGGAGACGAUGCGCAGAGCAGACGAGCCGUGCGGGCCGACGGUGCCCAACCAAGCCCUGCGCGCCAUGAUGUGGACAGAGUGCGUGGCAGGCGUGGACCAGAGAGACAGACUCGCCGCUCGAUCCGAGGCCCAGUAUGUCGUCGCGAACGUGGAGAUGUUCAUAGGUGCGGGCAAGGGCCCGACGAUGAUGGCACCACAGUUCCCUAGCGCCGUCAUCGGGGCCCUGGGGGUGUUGGUCAUGGACGAGGACCUCGCGCGAUGCCUGCGCGGGGUGGCGCGGGUCCGCCUCGUCAAGGUGUGGGCGGCGCUGCGCUACGACGAUCGCGGCUGGCUUCCGCCGCAGCUCCUCGCGUUCGUGAGCGCGGGGCCGACGGCCGCGCUGGGGCGCGCGAAGGCUAGCGGAGCGGGGCGCCAGAUGCCGGAGCUGCCCCUCGUGAUAUCCCGUGAAUUCUACAUGCCGGACCCAGCGCGGAUACAGACGGGCCUCGACCUGUGCAACGGCAGCGGGUCAGGAGGUGCUCUGGGGUUCCUGAAUCCAGCGGCUUGCGUGGGCGAGAUGGUCGAGCUCCUCGUCCUCGAGGGGGUUGUGGGCUUCUGCGCAGAGCACUCGGGGCAGGCGAGUGCCCCUUCGGCCAUGGCGUCGAUGGGGCUCCCGAAGAAAGAGCGCGACUACCUGGGCAGGUGGUCGCCAGAAGGCGCGGACACCUGCGCGAGGACGUGUCGCGCGGUCGUCUCUAACCCCCAGCGGCGGUUCGCAGAGGUGCCGCGUUCUGGGAGGUCUUGCGUGGGGUUGGGCGAGGCGGCGGCCAUUCCAGACCUCGCGACCUGGCAGGUGUUGAGGAUGAACUUCUCGGUGCAGGAGGCGGCGAGCGUGGCGGCUGAGACCUGCGCGGCCCCCGUGGUUGCCGAUGCCAAGUCAAACGGCUUUGGCGACACGCGGGUUGUCGUGGCCGGCAAGGACAAGGGCAAGGCAGUCUUCCUGGACACCUGCAACACGAACGCUAACAUAGGGAUCCUGGUCGCCACGCAGGCGGGCGUGAAAGUGAUCGUGAAGGGCGAGGAGCCCAGGGACCUGAUGCCCAAGGUGCCCAUGGUCUUCGACUUCUGCCGGGAGGCCUCCCUGGAGGCGGAGUCCGCCUCGCCGGUCCUCUUCGUGCAGGCGUGGCACCCGGAGUUCGCCGCCGUGGAGCGCACGGCGGAGGUCCGGACGCGCGCCAAGGUUUUCGGCCUCUCCGACGACGACGUUAAGGAAGUGACGAAGAUGAUCAACGACAAUGCGAAGAAGAACUGGGACAAGAGCGCCAAACUUUGGCGACAGGACUCCGAGAGCUACGGGGCCGUGAGCAAGGCGCUGCAGGACGAGGUGAAUGCUGAGAAGAAGAAAGAGGAGGAGGCAGCAGAAGCGAAGAGGAAGGAAGAUGAGAGUAAUGACGAGGAGCGGAAGGCUGCUCUUGAGGAGCUUGAGAAGAAGCGCAAGGCAAAGCGCGAGAUGGAAGAGGAAAAAGAGAGGAUCAGAUUGGAGAGAAAGAAGAAGCUAGAAGAGGAGAGGAUGAAGCGCGACCCCUGGCUGAUGGUGCCCGAGGUCAAAAAGGCCGAGGAGCUCCUCGAGGACUUGAAGGCGCAGCGGAGGGAUGCGAACGCGAAGCUGGAGUUUGACUUGUCCACGUCACUCACCAAGGACAUCUCCAAGGCGGAGCGAGAGCUGAAGAAGACCAUAAAGAAAGCGAAAAAGGAGUACAAGAAGUCCCAGAAAGCUGGCGAUGCUGGUACUCCAGAGAAGGCAGCCGAGGAGCCCGCCGCGAAGGGCGACGCUGGCGGCGAGCUGGCGGCCUUGAAGGCAGAGCUCGCGAAGGUGCAAGAGGAGAAAAAGAAAGCAGCGGAAGCGGACAAUUUCAAAGAGGCGAAGGGCCUCAAGAAGAAGGAGGAUGAGCUCAAGGCCAAGAUCGCCUCGCAGGAGCUGUAGCUGCCGCGCGCGCAGCCCGUCGACCCCCGCUGAGGCGCAGCCUCCCGGAGCGGCCCCGGGGCCCCGCCGCCCCCCGGCGGAGCGCCCCGCGGCACCCCGGUCGGCCCCGCGGCUCGCAGGGAGGCUGACUCUCUGAGUGUGCCUUGGCAUACUUGCCUUCUCGACACUUCCUUGGCUGAUUGUACCGGCCAGCCCGACAGGAUGCCCGUGCGGCGGGUUGCACGUUGGUCACCCGUGGGUAUUGCCUUAACACUUUGCGUCCUUAUGACGCGCGGCGGCUGUAUUCGCAGCCCGGCGGAGGUAUGAGGAGAUCCUGGGCGCUCGCUCUGCCGGCUUCGCUCACGCGGUGCGACCACG